CUAAUCAAUCCCAGGCACUUUCCUUCUCCUCCCUCUCCUGCGCAUUCCGUCGUGUGAUGCAACUGUCGCCAUCAGCUUGCUGGUGUCGCCCUUCGAUAUCGCAAUUACGUUGAUUCAUCGAGACCACUCCCUCUUUGCGGCGAACGCAGCGUCGGACAAGCAAAAUGACUGCUUGGAACAUUUUCCGGCUGCUGGGAGACUGUUCCCAUCUAGCCUCGAAAUGUAUCCUUCUCUUCGCGAUCCAUCGAAACAGGAGCGCCGAGGGCGUCUCACUGAUUACCCAGGUUCUCUACUCUCUCGUCUUCCUGACCCGAUACACCGACUUCUUCAGAGAGAAAUCACUAUGGAACCUCUUCUUCAAAGCGUUUUACAUCUUAUCAUCCUUCUAUACCAUCGGUAUAAUGCAAUGGGUAUACCCUAGGUCGAGAGAACGUGAGCUAGCGUGGAAAAUCGGCGCCGCUGCGCUCGGAGGCUCCCUUCUCCUAUCCCCAUUUGCCAUGCUCGCUUUGGAGGAGAAGGCCGUAUGGAGUGCGCGUGUUUGGAUUUGGGACUUCUCGCAAAUCCUCGAGUCCGUCUGCGUCCUACCCCAGCUCCUCCUCCUCCGCCAGACCACAGUUCCGACAGUCAUCAACUCGUUCUACCUUCUUGCCCUCGGUUCGUACCGAGGUCUAUACCUCAUUGGCUGGAUCACGCGUGAGCUCGACAUGUCAGACCGAGCCCCCAAUACCGUCUCCGUAAUCUUCGGCAUCAUCCAGACCGCCCUGUACGUCGAUUUCGCCUGGGUAUACUACACGCGCCAGCGCGUCAAGCUCCGCAACGGCGGAAUCGUCGACGCCGACGACUUGCGCCGCGGCUGGUUCCUCCACCGCAUCUUUGGCAAACGCGCCGAUUCGCAGCUGGACGAGGAUGACGAGGAGGGCGCCCCGGCACUCGGUCGCGAGUCCGGCCAUAGUAGCAGGCCGAAGUGGGGCGCCCGCGGCAUCUCCGUGAGUGCCGAUGAGGGUGUCCUGGAUGUCGAGCGGGAUGCUCGCCCUCACGACGACGGUAUCGGUGGCACUGUUGAUCCGGAUGCGAGAAUGAAGGAUCCCGAUGAAUUGGCCAGAGCGCUUGAGGACGAUGAUGAUACCCCGGGACCAUCGACAAGCGCGGCCGGUGCGCGCAACCCUAGCCCCAAUGGCAUCUCGAAUGGGCAAGAGUGGCGAGACAACUAAGCCUACAUAUGCUACGAUAGCUCCGGUGGGGAAAGGCGAGUGCAGGUUAUUGUUGUUGUUGUUGUUGCUGUUGUUGUUGUUGCUGUUGUUGUUGUUGCUGUUGUUGUAGGGCUCUCCAGGUCUACGAUGUGGGGAGAACGAGAAGCCCGGGCGACAUGUUGGCCAAAGAAACAUUUUGGAGGAAUCAGAUGUCAACCUGAUAUGUCCCCAUUUCCACUUCCUUCCUGCUGCGACCUCGCCGUGGAGAUGGGGUGCCCCUGUCAUGGUUGCCACUAUGGGGCA